GACUCUGAACCCGACCUCACAGCUGUCAAGCAGGAGAUCCGCACCUUCAAGCUCGCCGACGUCCACCGCACCCGCACCGCCCUCUCCCUCGCCCACUCAGCCCGCGAAAUAGGCCUCUCCACUUUAUCCCGGCUGCGAACCCAAAACGAGCGUCUCGCGAACACAGAUAUCCACAUCCACGAGGCGGGCGUGCAGAACCGGAUUGCGUCCCAGCAGAUCCGCACGCUGAAAAGGGCGCGGAGGUUCCUGCCUGCAGCGGGGAAUCCGUUUACUGCGGGGCGGCGGGGGAGGCAGGGCGAUGAGGCGGCGCUGGCAGUGCAUCGGAGGGAGAGAGAGCAGCGAGAUGCCCUUCGUUGGGCGCGCUGGGAAGAAGCAUUUCGCCGGCGUGUCACCGUCACCGUGGCCCUCCCUGCCGAAGAUGGCAAGCUCGCGCGUCUGGUGGAAAGGGCCAAGUACCAGUUUGAGCCUGACAGCGAGGAUGAUUUGUUUGAGGGGGAGAUUGAGGGGAAUCUGGACAGGUUGGUCGAGGUUGCGCCGCAGCUUAGGGAGAUCGCUGUGGAGAUGGGGCGGGCUGUUGAGGAGGGGACUCGGAGGCUCGAGGGGAUGAUGGAAAGGAUGGAUGCGGUGGAUGAUGGGCUUGUGCGGAAUCGACAUGCGUUGGGGCGGGUA